AUGGCCGACGAACAACCCCGUGCGGUCGACCGCACUGAUUCCAUGGAUUCUAAUGAUGGCCCGAAGCAGCCGGACAAGAAGAAGAGUCGCCGCCCUGCGAAUACUGCCUUUCGACAGCAGCGUCUAAAGGCCUGGCAGCCUAUCCUCACACCAAAGACUGUCCUGCCUCUCUUCUUCGCCAUUGGAAUUAUAUUCGCUCCCAUCGGCGGUCUGCUGUUGUACGCGAGCUCUCAGGUUCAAGAGAUCCGACUCGACUACACCAACUGCAUUGUCGAUGCUUCUAUCCGCACUAAAAGUGGAGGCAACUUUACAGGAAUGCCCAACAGCGCCGUUAGCACUGCAUUCAAGAGUUCUAACAGUUCCGUGAAUGCUCAAUGGGCGCGCGAGGUUAACGUUAGCUCCACGCUCGACAACGGUGUUAAAACCUUCAACCCUCGAUGCCAUCUCAAGUUCACCAUUCCAGAGGAGAUGGGCCCUCCAGUUCUCUUUUACUACCACCUCACCAACUUUUACCAGAACCAUCGUCGAUACGUUCUUUCCUUCGACAGGGAACAGCUCAAGGGUUCAAAGCGAUCCAUCAGCGACAUUCGUAAUUCCGACUGCACUCCUCUGUAUGGAGAGGGAAACAAGCCUUAUUACCCGUGUGGUCUCAUCGCAAACUCCAUGUUCAACGACACCUUCACUAGCCCUGAGCUCACAAACCCCCCAGGUGGUGGCAACGACACAUGGACAUACCUUAUGAGCAACAACUCGGGUAUCUCAUGGGACAGUGACAAGGAUCUUUACAAGAAGACUGAGUAUAGUAACGACGACAUCGUGCCUCCUCCCAACUGGCAGAAACGCUACCCUAAUGGAUACACCGACGAAAACCCUCCUCCCGACCUGAAGAAGUGGGAGGCUUUCCAGGUCUGGAUGCGAACUGCGGGUCUUCCCACUUUCAGCAAGCUUUACCAGCGCAACAACACCCAGGCCAUGUGGCCAGGAACCUACGACCUUGUCAUUGAUGACCAUUUCCCGACUCGAGAGUACAAGGGUACCAAGUCCAUCAUUAUCUCUACCCGAACCGUUGUCGGAGGACGCAACCCCUUCCUCGGCAUCGCUUACGUUGUCGUCGGUGGUGUUUGCAUCCUUCUCGGUACUGUCUUCACAGUCACUCACCUUAUCCGACCCAGAAAAUUGGGUGAUCACACUUAUCUCUCGUGGAACAACGCUCCUGGCGGCAAGUCUGGCCCCAGUACGGCAGCCGCUUCCGGUCGUGAACUCCGUCCUGGCGAGGCCUAG